GUACGUGACAUUCCCAGAUGGAAUCGGAGGUCAAAACGUCUCUGUUUGUACAGAUGUGCUCUGACACUGAGCUGAGGAGCUGUGGAUGUUGGAGGAUAAAGCUUUAAUGUGUCUCGACCUGCCGGAGCGAUGCUACGUUUUUGCGGGGAUGACAAGUGGAUUCACUCAACUGAUCAACUUUCCUCUGUGGAUGAACCUUCAGACUCAGAGAUGGCUGUAAUGAGGAAGAGGUUCGCCUCUGUCUGCUCCUCUUCCUCAGCUGAGGAAGACAGCGCAGGCCUCUAUGACAGCGCUCCCAUUUUUACCUCAGAUCCACCCAGUGAACAAGAGCAUGCCUACGAAUCUCUGCUUUGUUGCCAUAGUGUCCAAGACUCUUUGCUGAGCUCCAACAGCAGCUUCACUCGAUACAGAGGCAUCCUCAACUGGAUCAUCAUUCUCCUGGUCCUGACUCAUGCUCACUUGUUCUUGGAGAAUUUCAUUCAACAUGGCUUUUUGAUAGAUGUCAAAAAAGUCUGGCAGCAUCUCAUUGAGGAAAACUGCAACUGGCCAUCUGUCAACCUGGUGCUGGGUGCCAAUGUGUUUGCCAUCACAGCUCUACUCCUUGAGAGGUCUCAGGACAAGGGUCUGCUGUCCCCCACCAACGCUCAUCGUUUACAUCUUGUAAAUCUGGGGCUGCUCCUGCUGUUUCCUGCUGCUGUCAUUCUACAUGAGCCUACAACAUCAGCAGGUGGAGCAUUCCUCUCUCUCUGUUUCUACACUGUUCUUGGGAUGAAGCUUUACUCGUACCAGGAAGCUAAUCACUGGUACCGACAGGCUCAUUUAACUGAUGCAGAUAAAGACCAGAAUGGAGCCGUCGCGCAAAAAGUCCAGAGUGAACAUCUGACUUAUCGAGAUCUGUGUUAUUUCCUCCUUGCCCCCACUCUGUGCUACCAGAGAGAUUUCCCAUGUACGCCCAAGGUCCGCAUCAACAAGCUCCUGCACAGGCUGCUGGAAAUGGUGAUCGUUAUCCAGAUCAUGGUCGGCAUUGUACAGCAGUGGAUUGAGCCCAUCUUCCAGAGAUCAGAAAACUCAUUCUCAAGUAUGGACAUUACUAUGAAAGUAGAGCACCUGGUCAGACUAGUGGCCCCAACACAUUUCCUCUGGCUUCUCUUCUUCUUCUUGAAUCACUCCUACCUGAAUUUCUGCGCAGAGCUGCUGCGCUUCGGUGAUCGGCAUUUUUAUGGAGACUGGUGGAAUGCUACAAGUCUGAUCACUUUCUGGAAGAACUGGAAUAUUCCCUUUCAGAGAUGGUGUCACAGACAUGUAUACACACAGCUAGCUGAAAAGAAUGUGUCGUCAUCACGGGCAGAGUUACUGGUCUUCCUGAUGUCUGCAGCUAUGUGUGAGUACAUGAUCGCACUGCCUCUGAAUAACUGUCAUCUGUGGAUUUUUCUCAUGAUGGUAUUUGAGCUCUUGGUUGCAGUCUUCCUCAGAGACUAUUUCCAGGGAAACUAUGGCAAUGGUUUAGUGUGGCUCUGCCUUCUGCUGGGCCCGCCCCUGGCUGUUAUCACCUACAUUCACGACCACUACAUCAGCUUCCAUCAACGGUGUCAGUCGUCAUCCUCGCCACUGAUACCAGACCAGCAUCUUCUCAGCAGAGUUGCCCUGCAGCCUCAAUGAUCAUGGAGAAAUAAAUCUGUCAUGUUGCACUGUGUGAGUAGACCAGGAGGACACAACUGUCAUCCAAAGCUCAUGUCUGUCCAAGGAACCGUUCUGAUCUCUGGAAAACCUUGUGGAAUAAUCUCCAACGACCUCGACGCAAUUCAGAAGUAUGUACAGUAUAUGUUGUAUACACCCAUUACUGGACCUAAUGACUUCCAUAUUAUUUUACUGUAUUUAUGCAUCUAAAAAUGGAAAGCAAUAAACAACUGAUUUUGUAGUUUUUCAUCCAGAUUGGUUGUAAUAUUGUAAUCUUCAUGGGGGAGAAUUUAUUUAUUUAUUAUUUACUAAAAUGAAGUAAUACUUUCUAGAUCAUCGUUUUACAAUAACUUUUAAUCAUCAAUAGAUACAAGAUACAAAACUAUGAGCUAAAGUUGCUUCUUGGGACAAAUUUCUCCUCAUCUGCAGCCAGUCCAGACCCACUGUGCUUGAAUACCCACGAAUACAGACAUGAAAGAAUUCAAACUAACUUCAUUCAAAAAACUUCUACCACUGUUAUUUGUACAACCAUAGUGAUGAAUACAGGUAUAGAUGAUUUUAUUUAUAUAUAUUUUGAACUCUUUUUUAGUUUGAAGUUCCUCAUAUGCAACUGACUGGGCUUUGAGUUUUUGAUAUAAUCUGUCUUUGAGAUUUCUGCCUCCAUUCCAAGACAAU